CCCUGAGGGGGCGUGGCCUGCUGGUCACCGAGUCGCCAUCUUCCUCCUGCUUGUUGUCAUGGUUGCUGUUAGCUGACGAGCUAAACCGGCUAGCUGCUUCAUCAGUUAAUCAAAGUCUGCAGCUGAGUUAUUGUAGCCAGUUCAACGCUGCUUCUCUCCUGUCAUCAUGGAGGAGGAAUACUACAGCGGAGGAGGAGACUGGGAAGGAACCGGAGACAGUGGUCCCAUGGAAUAUGUGGAAGGGGGAAAUGAUGGGAAAGUCCAGGAAGAUUGUCUGACGAAAUUCUCCAGUAGAGAUUACAUCAUGGAGCCUGCCAUCUUCAACACCCUCAAAACGUAUUUCCAAUCAGGUGGAUCUCCAGAACACGUCAUCCAGCUUCUCUCUGAAAACUACUCUGCUGUGGCUCAGACCGUUAAUCUGCUGGCAGAGUGGCUCAUCCAGAUGGGUGUAGAGCCCGCUCAGGUCCAAGAGCGAGUAGAAAAUCACCUCAAGAGUCUCCUGAUAAAACACUUUGACCCCCAAAAGGCUGAUUCCAUUUUCACUGUCGAGGGAGAGACUCCUGCUUGGCUCGAACAGAUGAUAGCACACACUACGUGGAGAGAUCUUUUCUAUAAGCUGGCAGAGGCUCACCCAGACUGCUUGAUGCUCAACUUCACUGUAAAGCUCAUUUCAGAUGCAGGUUAUCAGGGUGAGAUCACCAGUGUGUCCACAGCGUGUCAGCAGCUGGAGGUUUUCUCCCGGGUGUUGAGGACAUCUUUGGCCACGCUGCUCGAUGGAGGAGAAGAAAACCUGGAGAAGAACCUACCAGAAUUUGCUAAGAUGGUGUGUCACGGCGAGCACACCUACCUCUUUGCCCAGGCGAUGAUGUCCAUCCUCUCUCAGGAGGAACAAGGCGGUUCAGCUAUUCGUAGGAUCGGCCAGGAGGUGCAGAAGUCGGCACAUGAGAGAGGUCACGAUGCUAGUCAGAUAACCCUCGCGCUAGGCACAGCAGCAGCCUACCCUCGAGCCUGCCAGGCGCUGGGUGCCAUGUUGUCUAAAGGAGCCCUGAAUCCUGCAGAUAUCACAGUUCUGUUCAAGAUGUUCAGCAGCAUGGACCCGCCUCCUGUGGAGCUGAUCAGAGUGCCCGCCUUUCUGGACCUGUUCAUGCAGUCGCUGUUUAAACCCGGAUCAAAGAUCAACCAAGACCAUAAACACAAAUACAUCCACAUCUUGGCCUACGCUGCCAGUGUGGUUGAAACGUGGAAAAAGAACAAGCGAGUCAACAUCAAUAAAGAUGAGCUGAAGUCGACUUCAAAGGCCAUAGAGACUGUGCACAACCUGUGCUGCAACGAGAACAAAGGAGCCACAGAGCUGGUGGCUGAACUCGGCACUUUGUACCAGUGCAUCCGGUUUCCAGUAGUUGCUAUGGGGGUUUUAAAAUGGGUGGACUGGACGGUGUCUGAGCCGCGGUAUUUCCAGCUGCAGACGGACCACACUCCAGUACAUUUAGCUUUACUGGACGAGAUCUGUACGUGUCACCAGCUGCUGCACCCGCAGGUCCUCCAGCUGCUCAUCAAGCUUUUUGAGACGGAGCACUCUCAGCUGGACGUCAUGGAGCAGAUGGAGUUGAAGAAGACUCUGCUGGACCGAAUGGUUCAUCUGCUGAGCCGUGGCUACGUCCUGCCCGUAGUUGGUUACAUUCGCAAGUGUCUGGAGAAACUCAACACGGACAUCUCCCUCAUUAGAUAUUUUGUCACUGAGGUGCUGGAUGUGAUAGCGCCUCCUUACACAUCAGACUUUGUUCAGCUCUUCCUGCCCAUCCUGGAGAACGACAGCAUCGCAGGAACAAUCCGCGCAGAGGGAGAGCAUGACCCUGUUGCAGAGUUCAUUGCUCAUUGCAAGUCAAACUUCAUCAUGAUAAACUGAUGUGGAGAGGAGGACUCUGCUUGAUGUUGAAGAAGCACAUAGCUCGGAGACGGACUGCUCAGUUUCACCAAGUGAACGAUUUGUUUCUAUUGAGGCAACAAACAGGUAAAUGUCGACGAGCUGAUGGAGAAGUACAGUAAUAAGAGACACUGAUCGAAGGAGAAGCCUCUGAAGAUGCAGCUAAACAUUUUCUUUUUUCACGUGUAUAUUUGAUUUUCUAUAUUUUGUUAGUUCAAGCGGUUUUAAAAUAAAAUCCUGAAUAUGUACUUUCUUGCAUUUUGGAAUUUUUAAUCAAUUAUAAAAUGGCACUUUUUUUUUUUUUAUAAUUAAAAGGUGCUAAAUACG